UUAUUUGAUUUAUCGUUUAGAUACGUUUUAUAUAUGUAUAUAAAUAGAAUCCCACCCCAAAAAUUCGAAUCGGUCAAAACAUCCCUAAACACAAAGACGGGUGGGCGAUUGGUCGGAAAUAAGGGUCCGUUUAAAAGUGGAAACCGCGAAACGUAUAUUGGUGUCCCGUUCUUGCACGCGAAUUUUUCGAUCCUACGUCUUCUUCGCACGCAAGGGUUGGAACGAAGGUGCGGUCUUCUAUGUCAGUACAAUCUUCGUUCAAAUCACACACGGACGCAUCUGAAAACAAUAUAGAAAGGAUAGUGAAAAAAUAAACGAGGAAACCAUUUGAAAAAAAAAAAAAGAAAAUAUCGCGUGCUAAAAAAAAUUAACAGUUUUUGUACAAGCUUUUAAAGACCUAUAAAUAAAUAGCAUAAUUAAUUUAUCAAUAACAAAAAAGAAAUUAAGCGUUGAUAUUAUAAUUUUCGAAAUGUGUGAUUCCGUUGUGGACAUAACGUAAAUUGAGGUGUUAUUCAACGGGAGAUGUAUUGAAUUAAAGAUGGAAUAUAGUUGGCAUAUCGGGGAAGGCGGUGAUCAAGAGUCCAGUAGAUCGGUCAGAGCACCGCGGAGUGAAGGUCCUGGAUUCAUUACGGAUUUGGACUUCGAUGCGUAUAUGGGCCCGGUCGGAGACAGCUGUUACACAGCUCAGAUCGACGCCAGGCGAAAUGGAGGACACCAACUACCGGAGAGCCCGCCAGAUUCUGGAUCGGAGAAUCCGUACAGUCCCUCUGAAACCCAGGUGCAUACCAUAGCCGUACCACAAACGGUUCUCAACGCCGAAUACAUGCUAGUCCACGAACAUUUACCAACCCACGAAAUACUCCAACAAAAUGGAGAUUACAUUUACGAGGAGUUGAAAUCGGACAACUUGGACCAGGAUGUGCUGAGGAGUAAUCUGAACGAUGUGGUCGUUCUGCCUCAAGAUCAGAACUUGGAGUUAGGGAUACGGCAGGUUCGCCACGAUCUUGGUCUGACCGACUCUGUAUACCCGAACAGAUUUGGACAGAUGAGGGUCGACAUGCAAGAGCUGGAGCAAGGCAUGAUAAGCUCGCAACUGGUAUCUCUAGGGCACGAGACUCUGACUCCUGUAUAUACGAGCCUGCAAGAGCCUAACGUGAAGAAGAGGAAAUUAUCCCAAGACACAAGUUCUCAAGUUAAAUGUGAGCCAGCGGCCUUAUCCCCGGAAACAGUGCACCCGGUCAGAGCGCCCGCUUCGCUUGACGGCUCCGAAGCCGGCGACGAUGCGCUCUUACAGUGCAUCCGCUUCGCAUCGUUUCAAGAGCGAAGCUGGCAUCUUUUGUAUGACUGCAAUCUGAAGCCACUGCAAACUCCGAGUUACGUGGUAGGAGCCGAUAAAGGCUUCAACUAUUCUCAAAUAGACGAUGCUUUCGUCUGCCAGAAGAAGAAUCAUUUCCAAGUCACCUGCCAGAUACAAAUGCAGGGAGAACCAAAUUACGUCAAAACCGCUGAUGGUUUCAAGAAGAUCAGUAGCUUCUGUCUACAUUUUUACGGAGUGAAGGCCGAAGACCCAAGUCAAAGAGUCAGAGUAGAGCAAAGCCAAUCAGAUAGAACAAAGAAGCCCUUUCAUCCAGUACCAGUGGAGAUACGUCGUGAGGGUGCCAAGGUGACAGUCGGGAGACUCCACUUCGCGGAGACCACGAACAACAAUAUGAGGAAGAAGGGACGUCCGAACCCUGACCAGAGACACUUCCAGCUGGUCGUCGCCUUGCAAGCCCACGUGGCCAAAGAAGAUUACAUGCUCAUAGCCCAUGCCAGUGACAAAAUUAUUGUCAGGGCGUCGAAUCCUGGCCAGUUCGAGUCCGACUGCACGGAGAGCUGGUGGCAACGAGGAGUUGCAGAAAACAGCGUACACUUCAGCGGGAAGGUCGGCAUCAACACGGACAGACCGGACGAGUCCUGCGUCGUCAAUGGAAACCUGAAAGUCAUGGGCCACAUACUCCAUCCUUCGGACGAGAGAGCCAAACAUAACAUAGAAGAGUUAGACACGGCCCAACAAUUGAAAAACGUGCAGAGCAUCCGGGUUGUCAAAUUCAACUACGACCCCUCAUUCGCGGAGCACUCUGGUCUACUGGGGUACGACCCCGGGCGGCAGGGCCCGCAGCUAGACACCGGAGUCAUCGCGCAGGAGGUCCGCCGCGUCAUACCGGAGGCGGUCAAGGAGGCCGGUGACGUCACAUUGCCCAACGGCGACACCAUACCCAAGUUCUUGGUCGUCAAUAAGGACCGGAUAUUCAUGGAGAACCUGGGCGCUGUCAAAGAACUGUGCAAGGUGACUGGAAAUUUGGAGUCCAGGAUAGACCAGCUCGAGAGGAUCAAUCAGAAGCUGUGCAGGAUCACCGUCCUGCAGCGGCGAGGCAGCUCCAGAUCAAGCAUCAGCAAUGACUCCCGAUACUCGGCAACAUCGAACUCGUCGAAAUCGCUCUACAACGACAACGUGUCGAUAGAUCAGAUACGCGACAUCGCCAGAAGCAUCCGCAGGCACGAAUGUUGCCACAAAAUGAACCACAACUCGCCUAGGUACACCAGGAAGCAGUGCAAGCAUUGCCACAGCAGCUCCUCAAAAUACGGGAAGUUUUACAACUCGAAUAAGACGUGCUAUCGAUACAACGAUAAAGAGAAGAUCGAUAUGGCCGGCCCUAAUUAUGUCGAUAAAAUGUUGCCAGACGACGACUUCGUUGAGUUGCCGAAGAAGAAAGAUCACUGUCUAUGGGUUAGGAGCGAAGACGAUUUCGCGUAUGGCAACACUAAAUUGGGUUUUUGCUGUCGGAAAGACUACGGGGAUGCCAGCAGCGAACUGAUCUCCAAUAAGUUUUUGCAGAUCAUUAUAACUAUAUUGGUGUUCGUUAUGGCCGUUUGCCUCGUCGUAAUAUCGGCGCUAUACUUCCGGGAGCACCAAGAGCUGCUGACGAUGAAGGAGACGCGGAUGCACGAGAAAUUCUCCAGCUACCCUCAUUACUCGAAACUGAACGCGGGUAGCGCGCACAAGGCGCCGCCCGACCAUAAUUUGAUACAGAAUUUAAAACCGUCCCAACACGUUUUGCCCAAGAAAGUCAAAGAGAAAAGCGGCCUCAAGACCACCGUGGACACGACCACGGCCCCCACGGACCCGCCACUCACCAGCACAACGCCGCCACCCACCAAGAACUACAUCAGCAGCCUCAUAAACACGAUCCAGGCGGCGGCGCGCGGCGAGGGCGUGGUCGCGGCCAGUCGCACGGCGGACGUGGUGGGGGGAGGGUGCGUCUUCUCGGCCAACAGCAACAACGAGCUGGAGCCCGACUGUCAGUCGUCGUGCGGAUUGGACCCGCCGCAAACGUACGACAGUAGUGAGCCGCUUGAGCGUUCCAAGCCGGACAAAGAUUCGAACGAGACCUUCAUAAGGCCCAUCGAACCCACUCAUAGGGACAAACUGCCGAACAUCCCCAUAAUAUUGGAGAAAAAUAACUCGGAGACCUUAAAAUACAAAAUGAACGAAGAGGUCAUCGUUUACGCCAACUAUUUGGACAGCAAAGCGAACGCCAGCGACGUCAGCUCGAAGAGAUACAAAAGGGACGCCGAAGAGAUGCGGAGUAGCUCCGAAGAGAUGAACUACGGCGAACCCGACAAAGAAAUCGGACCCGACUGCGACACGGUCCGCGUGGGCAUCCGGUCGGAACAGACGAGGAACAUGUCGCUGUUCACGGAGACGGUGUGCGCCGCCAGCACGCACAACUACACGUACGCGGUGCCGCUGUCGCACUGUCUGCACCACACGCACGUGGACCUCACGUUCCUGUCGUCGAAGCUGAAGGAGCACCGUCUGUGCGCCGUGCAGUGCAACUACGAGGACACGUCGAAGCACUGCGAGCACGGGCGCGAGCUGAGCGGGCUGGCGGCGGGCGCGGGCGCGUGGGGCGUCCGGGUGCCGCUCGAGUGCAACAUCGACAGGGUCAUGAGGAUCAGGUCCCGCUACGUGCACGGGAAGCCCGGCUUCACCAACUGGGAUCUGUGCGGGCCGCAUCAAGACCACAAGAUGCCCUUCGUCGAAUUCAACAUUCGCAUGUACAGCGACUGCGGUAGUUAAAUAAUUACCAUAGUCUAAUAGUGAAUCAACAGACAACGUUUGGAUGGAAUGUCGGAAUUCAAUCGGAAUAUAAGUAUAAGAAUACAAACAGUGCCGUAAACGAAUUGUAACGUACAAAAUUUACCCGCGCAAUGUAUCACAAAUAAAAUAAUCAACUCGUGCCCGGGGUCAAUGGCCUCGCGGGAGUCGGACCGUCGAUUACCGUCAAUGUACAUUGCGGGCUCACCAAACACUUUCAACUUAAAUGACGUUGAAAUACGCAUAAUGAUCAGAAGAGACACGAAACUAACAGAUAGAAGCUCGGUUUUUUUUUUAACCGACUUCUAAAAAAUGAGGAGGUUGUCAAUUCGACUGUAUUUUAUUUUAAAAUGUUUGUUAUCUGUAUUAGCUUUACCGAGUUAAUAUUUUAAGAAAAAAAAACGAAAUACGUACGUACACAUAAAAUUUGAAGCGGUCUGGAGUGAACACCGAAUAUUCGUAUGUUUUUUAAUUGCUAAAUUACUUGGACGCGCUUAUUAUUAUUUGGUCACUAAAGUCCAUGGACAUCAACAGCGUAAAUACCGGCACGCUGCUUGAGACACGAGUUCUAAGUCUCAGUUUUUCAGCACAGCUUUUGCUAAUCAUUGAUUUCAACUUAGAGCCU